GUGGACCAGGAUGAUCCAAUCGGCAGCCAGUCAACGUACACAAGUGACGGCAACGACAGGACAAUGGCUCAUCCUCAUCCUCAGACUAAGGGGACAACCUCGGGGCCGCACGGACUAGGAGAAGCAGGCAGUGCCAAUCACUUAUACAUCUUUAUCACACCUUGUCCAACCACCGACGAGCCGUGCACCCUUUCCCUUUCCUUGCCUUCGUACCCUGUGAACCGUCGUCCAGGGUCUCCAACUUUGACAACGCGUGAUCCCCUUCUCUAGGCGCUCGAUCAUCACCCACCAUGCACAGAAGAAGCCGCCUCCAAUUCCCAAAGAAGCGCUUUCUCAAAACUUCGCGGAUCAGUAUCAACACAUGCAUGAACGCCAGCUCUCAGUACACGCAAUCAGAUCGGAUUUGGUCAUCACUUGCCUAUACCCGUCCAGGUCCUCCCGCGGCAUUGGCUGCUUGGCCCCUCUAAC